AUGCUGCCGGGGUCCAUCCAGAUCUCCGGGGAGACGCUGUCGGGGGCGGAGAUCCGGGACAUCUGCGAGAGCCUGCGGGAGAACUCGGUGCGGCUGCUGUCGCUGCGCGGCUGCCAGCUCUCCGAGCGGGACUUCGGGCACGUCUGCCGAGCGGCGGCCGAGUCCCGCUCCCUGGCCCAGCUCAACCUCAACCUGGGCAUCGUCUCCAACAUCAACCGCGUCAAGCAGCUGGCCGAGGCCCUGAAGACAAACCGCUCCGUCCAGUCCCUCUUCCUCCAUGGGAGUCCCCUGACAGAUGCAGGCUUGGCCCUCCUCAACCCUGCUCUCUCCAUCCACCCCUCGCUGGUGGCUCUGGAUCUAGGAGACUGCAUGCUGGGUGAUGAAGGCAUCAACCUUAUCUGUGGGCUCCUGCCACCUGACGGGGCUAAGUCCGGCCUCAAAGAGCUAACGCUGAGCGCCAACCCUGGUGUCACAAGCAAAGGCUGGGGACGCCUGGCCAUUGCAGUGGCUCACAGCUCACAGCUCCGCGUGCUGAAUCUGGACUACAACCCCCUAGGUGACCAGGUAGCAGGGAUGCUCGCCGUCGCUGUGGCCUCCAGUCGAACCCUCGAAGUUCUGGACUUGGAGGGAACAGGACUUACCAACCAGUCAGCCCAGACCUUGCUGGACAUGGUAGAGAAUUACCCCACAGCCCUACGGACACUCAUCCUGGCGGAGAACAACAUUAGUCCCGAGCUGCAGCAGCAAAUCUCUGACCUGCUCUCAGAGGGUGAGGAAGAGGAGGAGACAGAGGCUCGCGAAGUCACAGCCAGGGAGAAGAACCCCUGGAUCUGCCAGAACAAUUCCAGCUCCCAGAUGGUCCUGAUGACGUCAGGUCUCGGUGACAGCCUCUUAGCAGAAACAGAAAUGUAGCUGGGCUACCCUGCCUGCUUCUGCCAAGAAGAGCACCGUGCCUGCUGGGCGAUCGUGCGUCCGCCAGCCCCCCUGCCUCCAGCGGGCUGCCCCAGCGUCUUCUCACACAUUUCACGUCCUGUUGAGGCCCCCCUCGGCUCUCUGAGUGCUGGAGCCCAGUCCGAGCGAAUCUUUACACACAUCCCUGUGUUGUCACGCGCCCCGUCGGCCGCUUGUGAUUGUCCAGUCGCUGCAUGUGUAGCUCACGCUGCCCUGCCUCCCCCCUGCACCUGGCUGUGCCCGCAGGGCGCAGGCUGUAUUUAUUCAGAUGUGUA